AUGCCUACUUCACAGGUACCCGUAGUCGUGGGCGCAACGGUUGCAGUUAUCGUUGUACUUGUUGCUAUCAUAGUGGGCAUCCUCCUUGCGUGGAGGUAUACCGUUCGUAACCGCAAAAAGCGAGAGGCCGCCGAGAAAGCGACUUCGCGCGAAGCGAAGGAGGAUGUCUUCGCUGCUCAUCCUCCUAAUCCCAUAUUAAGGCCGUACAUUCCCCCUGCUGAAUCGGGAGUGACAUGGGUGCCUCAACUACGUGCCGACAACACCAAGGCCCUCCCCUCCCCCUCCCUCGAAGCCGUCGAGGUGAAAGAGAAAGACUUAGCCGAGCAAAUCUCUAACGCAGUCCGCGAGGCGAAAUCCCCCCCUCCAUCCUACUCUACUGCCAACCUCACGGAGCUCAAGGCGAUGAAACAGCUCAAUUCCCUGCAAUCUUCUCCCGAGUCGUCUCCCGAGUCUUCUCCAGACCAUACACCCGAGCCCUCCCCCCAGCCGCUUCGAAGUAGAUUCUCAGUCGCCUCACCAGUAGAGGAAUCGGUUGAAAUCCAUCUGCCCAACAAGCCGAAGCGCCGUACGGCCGCCUCUUUACCUCCCACCCCCGCGACACCAUUCCUUACCGUCGCCUUCUCCGUCGAGAAACCAGAGACAUCCGUUUCCACAUUCCCUCCCACACCCUCUCCACGAUCGGAAUCUUUCCAAAAUAUCGAUGUUCCUUCCAGGCAUUCAGUUGCGCUGAAAGGAAAGAACCGCCAGAUGGUGGUCGUCCAUACGUUCGAGCCCGAACGGGACGAUGAACUCGGAGUUGAGAUUGGCGAAACGCUGACCCUCGUUCAAGAAUUCCAAGACGGAUGGUGUCUUGUCCAGCGCCAGGGACAAGAUGCUCCCAAGGGCGUCGUUCCAAGGUUCUGCAUACAAGACCAAAACCGGCCUACACUUCUUCAGGUCCCAGAAUAA